AUGACUGGUAAAGCUAAACCAAUUCCAAAUACAAACAAGGUCAAAUAUCAACAAGAGAUAAACUCUGUAUCACCUUGGAUUCCAGGAUCACUUGCUGCAAGUUUCAAUAGUGUUCCAAACAAUGAUUUCGUUUAUGAAAAAAUAGGUGAAAUGCAAAAUCCUGAUACACAUAAAAUUCAACCUUAUCGUGAAAUAUGGAGAGAUAUUGAUCCAUUGAAAUCAGAUGCAUAUGAUUUUAUUGGGAAAGAUCCACAGAAUAAUAAUCAUGGUGCAAAAAUUCCUUGUUUUGUUUUGAAAGUUGUGAAAAGAGAUAAUGUCGAAGGUACCGUUAUAAGAGUUGGAAAUCUUAUUCAAGGUGCAUUAUUUAAUACUCGAAGUGGAGAAACUAAAGCAGCUAGAUAUAGUUUGAUAGAAGGGGAAUGGAGACGUUGCUGUUCAAUUAAUUCAUACCGAUAUAUGGAAGAUGAACCAAAGAUUUUUAAACAUGUGAGAUUACCUACUGGUGUUGAAGCUGGUGUAAAUAUAAUUAAUCGUGAUGGGUUCGAAUGGGAAAUGAUCGAAACUAAUUUAUAA